UUCGUUUUUUUUUGUAUUUAUAAAACUGUUUGUCAAUAUAAAUCAGCUGUUUAGUUCUAGAAGUGAUUUCAUAAUAAUUAAAAGUUCUAGCUAGAAAAAAAUUAAUCAACCAAAUAAUGAAAGUUUGUGUUAUUGGAGCAGGAGCAUCGGGACUUUGUGCCAUCAAAAAUUGCCUGCAAAAUAAUUUAGACGUAAUUGGAUUUGAGCAAUCCAACGAAAUUGGAGGAACAUGGGUGUACACAGAUAAAAUUGAUAAGGAUGAAAGAGGACUUGAUAUUCAUUCUAGCAUGUAUAAAGGUCUUUAUACAAAUCUUCCAAAAGAACUUAUGUGCUUUCCUGACUUCCCAUUUCCGCCUCAAGAGAAAUCAUUCUUGCCUGCCAGUGAUGUUCUCAGCUAUCUAAAGCUCUACGUAGAUACAUUCAAUGUGCGUUCAAAAAUUAAAUUCCUACACGCUGUCGAACGAGUUCGUCCACUUAUUGACAAUUCAUGGGAAGUGAUUGUGAAAAAUCUAAUUACAAACAUGAAUGAAACUUUUAUUUUUGAUGCUAUCCUUGUAUGUACCGGACAUUUUAACGUGCCACACAUACCAAAAUUUGAAGGUCAGAAAACUUUCCGAGGACGACAAAUUCAUUCACAUAAGUAUCGUGUGCCUAAAACUUUUCACAACGAACGGGUUUUGGUUAUUGGUGGAAGCUCUAGUGGAACGGAUUUAGCACGGGAAAUAUCAAAUGAUGCUAAUUUGGUAUUAUGGUCACAUCAUCUAAAAGAGCAAGUGGAUCUGAAAGCAAUUAAAAACAAUGUCAUACAGAAGCCAGACAUAUCAAGGUUAACAGAGAAUGGUGUAUUUUUCAAAGAUGGAACAUUUGAAAUGAUUACAACAGUACUUUAUUGCACGGGAUAUGAAUUUACAUUUCCUUUCUUAUCCAUUGACUGUAAUCUGAGUUGCUUUGAAAAUUACGUACAGCCUCUUUACAAGCAUUGUAUAAAUAUCAAUAGACCAUCGAUGGCAAUUGUUGGAAUUAUUUUCAACAACUGUCCAUUUCAAACAUUUGAUCUUCAGAUAAGAUUUUACUUGAAAUUCUUGAUCGGAGAAAAAUCAUUGCCAUCACGUGAAUUAAUGCUUUUAGACACUGAAAAGGAUAUGAAUGAAAGAUGGCAAAGGGGGUUGAGUACAAGAAAAGCACAUUCAUUUGGUGAUGGUUAUCAGAAUGACUACUACAAAGAUCUUGCGGUCACAGCUGACAUACAGCCUAUUAAGCAAUAUGUUACUAAAAUGUACUCAGAAAACCAACAGAACAGAAAGAGAGAUAUAACAACAUUUCGAAACUAUAAAUUUACAAUUAUCAAUGAUGAGACUUUUAAAACCCAGUUGUUGUUGGAAUAAUAUUUGUGUACACUUAAAAACAUUUUUUUUUUUCUUUUCAUACUAUAAACAAUUAAAAAUUUAAAUAAAUAUUUUAACACAAUAAAUUUGUGGUCAAAGAAUUUUUUAUCUAAAU